AAGCGCGAGGAAUACGAUAUAGAAUAAAAACGGGAAAACAGACGGCUGCAGAUCUGAGAACUGGUUACUUUACUACCUUAUACUGCCCUCCCUUUGGAAAUCGGGGCCAACUCAAAUUUAUUCAGACUAAAACCCCAUUCGCCGGAUCGCCGAUCUCUCUAUUACGUUUUUAGAUAGCAAGCAGAAAUGGAGAAAUCUUGUUCUUUGCUGGUGCAUUUUGAUAAGGGAACACCAGCACUUGCCAAUGAGAUCAAGGAAGCUCUUGAAGGGAAUGAUGUUCCAGCUAAGAUUGACGCCAUGAAAAACGCAAUCAUGCUUUUGCUAAAUGGCGAAACGUUGCCUCAGCUCUUCAUUACUAUUGUUAGAUAUGUGUUACCCUCUGAGGACCACACUGUCCAAAAACUGUUAUUGCUCUAUUUGGAGAUCAUUGAUAAGACUGAUGGAAAGGGGCGUGUGUUACCAGAAAUGAUAUUAAUCUGCCAGAAUCUCAGGAAUAAUCUUCAGCAUCCUAAUGAAUAUAUCCGUGGUGUUACCCUGAGGUUCCUCUGCCGGCUGAAUGAGGUGGAGAUCAUUGAACCUCUGAUUCCCUCCAUUAUCUCAAACUUGGAGCAUCGACACCCUUAUGUUAGGAGAAAUGCAAUUCUUGCUGUGAUGGCAAUUUACAAGCUCCCACAAGGAGAGCAGCUGCUGGUUGAUGCACCAGAGACUAUUGAGAGGUUUCUCUCAACAGAGCAGGAUCAAUCAGCUAAGAGGAAUGCAUUUCUGAUGCUUUUCAAUUGUGCCCAGGAUCGUGCUGUUAACUACCUUUUGACCAAUGUAGACAGAGUCUCAGAUUGGGGGGAACUAUUGCAGAUGGUUGUCCUGGAGCUUAUCCGAAAAGUUUGCAGGACGAACAAAGCUGAAAAAGGGAAAUAUAUUAAGAUCAUUAUAUCUUUACUGAAUGCCCCUUCAGCUGCUGUUGUCUAUGAAUGUGCUGGAACCCUUGUUUCUUUGUCUUCUGCUCCCACAGCUAUCAGAGCUGCAGCAAACACAUAUUGCCAGCUUCUUCUCUCACAGAGUGACAAUAAUGUUAAGCUCAUUGUGCUCGAUCGCCUGAAUGAACUCAAGUCUUCCCACAGGGAUAUUAUGGUUGACAUGAUUAUGGAUGUUCUAAGGGCACUCUCAAGCCCGAAUCUGGACAUCAGAAGGAAAACACUUGAUAUUGUUCUGGAAUUGAUCACACCCCGCAGUGUCAAUGAGGUGGUGCAAACGUUGAAGAAGGAAGUCAUGAAAACUCAAAGUGGGGAGCUUGAGAAGAAUGGUGAGUAUCGUCAGAUGCUCAUUCAAGCAAUCCAUUCUUGUGCUAUAAAGUUCCCUGAAGUGGCAAGCACAGUGGUCCACCUGUUGAUGGAUUUCUUGGGAGAUAACAAUGUUGCCUCUGCGAUGGAUGUUGCUGUUUUUGUGCGAGAGAUAAUUGAAACCAACCCUAAAUUAAGGGUUUCUAUAAUCACCCGGCUUCUGGAUACUUUUUAUCAGAUUCGAGCAGCAAGAGUUUGUUCAUGUGCUCUUUGGAUUCUUGGAGAGUAUUCUCUAUCUCUUUCCGAAGUUGAGGGUGCCAUUGCAACUAUAAAGCAGUGCCUUGGGGAUUUACCAUUCUUUUCCAUAUCUGAAGAUGUGGAAACUGCCGAUUCAUCAAAGAAGCCCCAGCAGGCUACCUCAAUUACUGUUUCAUCUAGGAGGCCAGCUAUCCUUGCUGAUGGGACCUAUGCAACUCAAAGUGCUGCCUCUGAAACUACAAUCUCCCCUAACAUUAUGGUUCAAGGAUCUUUGGCUACUGAGAAUUUGAGAUCUCUUCUUCUCACUGGUGAUUUUUUCCUUGGGGCAAUUGUUGCCUGCACUCUAGCAAAGCUCAUUCUAAGAUUGGAGGAGGUUCAACCAUCAAAAGUUGAAGUGAACAAAGCAUCGAGCAAUGCAUUAUUGAUUAUGGUCUCAAUGUUACAACUUGGGCAAUCUUCAGUUCUUCCUCACCCAAUUGAUAAUGAUUCCUAUGACAGGAUUGCUCUUUGCAUAAGAUUGCUGUGUAACACAGGGGACGCUGAGAGGAAGAUCUGGUUGAAGUCUUGCCGUGAGAGCUUUGUUAAAAUGCUUUCAGAUAAACAGCUACGUGAAACUGAAGAAAUUAAGGCGAAGGCUCAGAUUUCUCAUUCACAGCCUGAUGAUCUCAUUGACUUCUACCAUUUGAAGAGCAGAAAGGGUAUGAGCCAGCUGGAGCUGGAAGACGAGGUUCAAGAUGAUCUAAAACGUGCUACUGGCGAGUUUGUUAAGGAUGCGGAUGAUGCAAAUAAGCUAAACCGGAUCAUUCAACUCACAGGAUUUAGUGAUCCAGUAUAUGCUGAAGCAUAUGUGACAGUUCAUCAUUAUGAUAUUGUCCUGGAUGUUACAGUUAUUAAUAGAACAAAAGAGACCCUUCAGAAUUUGUGUUUGGAGUUGGCUACAAUGGGUGAUCUUAAACUUGUUGAGCGCCCUCAGAAUUAUACUUUAGCACCUGAGUCAAGCAAACAAAUAAAAGCAAACAUUAAGGUUUCCUCUACUGAGACAGGAGUCAUAUUUGGAAACAUUGUCUACGAGACCUCGAAUGUGCUCGAGCGUACUGUUGUCGUUCUCAAUGAUAUCCAUAUUGAUAUCAUGGACUACAUAUCUCCUGCUGUGUGUAGCGAUACUGCUUUUAGGACCAUGUGGGCAGAAUUUGAAUGGGAAAACAAGGUUGCUGUAAACACCAUAAUUACAAAUGAAAAAGAAUUUCUUGAUCAUAUUAUCAAGUCAACCAACAUGAAAUGCCUAACUGCUUCGUCUGCUCUAGAAGGUGAAUGUGGAUUCUUGGCUGCUAACUUGUAUGCAAAGAGUGUUUUUGGGGAGGAUGCUUUGGUAAAUGUCAGUGUUGAGAAGCAGGGAGAUGGCAAACUGAAUGGAUAUAUUAGGAUAAGGAGCAAGACUCAGGGAAUUGCUCUUAGCUUGGGUGACAAGAUCACUCUCAAGCAGAAGGGAGGAAGCUGAUGGUUUUGCUCUUCGACUGAUGGGUGCCAUUAGCAAACUUUCAUGGGAGGAUAGUUAGCUUGUUGAGAAUAAUUUUUUUUCUUUGGCAUUCACAUCUUUUAAUUUUCAUAUGGGGACACUCAAAAACUAUAUUUGAGAUAUUUUUUCUGUAGAGGAGAUUGGGAAAGAGAUUGUUUGUAUUUUUAGGUGAGUUUUUGUUCAAGUACUUGGAACUAAUUGUAUUUCGUUUUUGCUGCAAAAGAUACAUGCCUUCAAAUGCAUUCAGCAGAUAA